ACUUCAAUUUGCCAAAAAUAAUGAAUUGGAUGCAAACAUCACAAUUUUAAAUUUUAUUAUGUGUUGAUUUGGUGCUUUAUUGUAUUUGGUUUCGCACGAGGGAGCUAUUUUAGAGCAUAUUUUGAGGCAAAAAAUUCCCCCCUCAUUUCAUUCGGGGUUUCGACUUCCGGUCUUCAGUGAUAUUUGGGGGGUCCAGCCCUGCAAAGCGGAAGCCCUCGCGUACAUAAAGUGAUGUGGUUGCAAGUUUAGUGUGUAUUGUGAAGUCCAUGCCUAUAAUACGAUACAUUGUACCUUAUUGCUGCAGGGAAAGACAGGCUGAGGGUUUAUAAUCGACAUGGUUGUGAUCAUAAAGAUGAAAGGUCUUCCCUGGGAAGCCACAGCCCGAGACAUUAGGAAAUUUUAUCGAGGACUUAACAUUAGCGAGGAAGACAUUCACCUAGCUCCAAGCCAAGAAGGAAAGGCAUCUGGAUUUGCUUUCGCUUGCUUUCAAGAGGACGACGAAGCCAGGAAAGCUAUGUACAGGAAUGGAAAUUACGUGGGAAAACGAUAUAUUGAGCUUGUACUAAGCAGUCAGUCGGAAAUGGAGAAAACUUUGAGCGAGGGUGUGCGUUUUCGCCGUUUUGACGGCUCGGAUCGUGAGCGUCCACCUGAGAUUGAGACACUCCGGACUGAAAGUAAAACAAAGUCCAUUGAUUUGAGAGAGAGUUCAAAGAUUACUCGAGAUAUUUCUCGACGAUCACGAAGUCGAAGCCCAAUCCGGAAAAGCGCUUCUGUUGAUGGAUUGAGGAGCCGUAGGGAUCAUGGUGGGUCGAAUCAUGUGAGUGAUCGACGAUCGGUUACCAGUAAGAAGUUUAAUGACCGUGAAAGUUUGCGUAGCACAAAUAGUAGUGCUAAUGGACUGGCAACAACUCGAAACGAGCUGGAUCGGCGGCCACGGGAGAGGGAAAGGGAACGAAGAAGGAGUUCUGACAGAAGUGAGCUUGGUAAAAUCUCAGCUAGUUAUGGCAGGGAUAGGGAAGGCAGAGAGACUCGACUGGAGACUUCAGGUGCAAGGCAGGGAGCAUCAAAUGGUUUUAGACGCGAGCCCUUCAGCAGCAACAACAGAAGCCGGCGAGACUCAACUAGCCAGGAUGGUGCAAAUUCCAAAUCCACAUGGGUUAGCAUGAAUGGGUUACCCUACAGUGUCACUGAGAGCGAGAUCCUUCAGUUUUUCUCAGGGCUGAAUGUUGUGGGUAUCCAUCUGAUGGUGCACACGUCAGGACCUUUUGCUGGGAAACAAAAUGGCCAUGGAUAUGUGGAAUUUAAGUCAGUUGGGGACUGUAUUCAAGGAGAAGACAGAAACCGCCAAUUCAUUCGAAGGAGGUAUUGUGGCGUUAAGCGGUGCAGCUUCGAGGAGGUGUUGAAUGCUCUGGGAGACAAGAUUGAAAACUCUUGGAGAUUUCAGGAACCUAACACCAUUAUUGGGGGUAAUUUCUCUCAGGAGAGUGCAAUGUAUUCCGUAGGGAACAUGAAUGGGGAAGAUCAGAAUCUUUCAACUCCUGACCUGGGUAUGGCUGUGAACAGUCUUGGGGUGAAUUCUGUGGGAAAGAUGCCUAUUCCACACAAUGCAGUUGUGGGUAUGGAGGGUCCUUUGAAUCCUGUCAACCAGCUAGCAGCUGGUGCUAAUAUAAGUGUGAAUGAUAUCAGUGCAGGAUGUGUGAUUGGGAUUCGUAAUCUGCCCUCCACUGUUUCGGCAGAAGAAAUUUUGGAUUUCUUUUAUGGGUUCCCAAUCAUUCCAGACUCGAUACGCAUCCAUUACCUUGCUCCUGGGCGAUCAUCUGGGGACGCCAUGGUUACACUACCUACCAGUGGGGAAGCCUACAGUGCAAUUGAGCAGCUAAACAAUAAACCUGUUGGAAAACGUAAAGUACAGCUAUUUUUGGUUUAAGUAGAGGGCAGGAAGAUGCAAUUUCUUCUUAAGUGUAUCAAAGUGUUUCAGAAUUCAUACCCAGCUUAAUUGAUUUUUCUCAAUUUGAAGCACUGUAUGACAAUGUAUUCAGAGGGCUAGGGGAUAGUUUUAGGUAGUUUUUGCUUGUAAUAUGUAUUACAGAUGGCUAAACUUUCGUAAUAUUACGAUAACAAAAGCUAGUUUAUCAAGAGGCUGAUAGUCCAGUAUUACUCUGUACAGUUGUUAGUAGACAGUAGUGACUUGACUUGUCUAAACAUAAAAUUUUAAUGACUUUUCAGUAGUUUAUAACUCAAGAGACAAAAAGAAAUGUAUAUAUUGUACCAGCCUCUUUUUGCGAGUCAAGUGUAGUAGCUUUUAUAAGUGUUUAGGAAAGAUUUGGUGAUCGUUUAAAGUGGUAUUUUUGUCAGUUUUUUAGCCACUUGAUCCAUUUAAGGGCCUGUUUCACACCAUAUUUUUGGCUCAGCAUGUUUACUGGCUUGACAAAGACCUUUUUGUGGGCAACAGAAAUGGCUGGAUUUUGUCAAGAUCCAUUCAACUAUUGGCAUAGAGUUUAAGAGAAAGAGAGAGGGUUCCAGUUGUAUUGAGUGGUGAUAGAAUACUGUUUCAUAAUAUCCAUGUUAAGUGACAGUAUUUUUUAUUGGGAACUGUUAAUAAUUAUUAACCAAGUUACACAGCCAUUCAACUGGCAUUUUGGUCAAUUUUCUACAUAUCUUGGGUAUUUUUAACCCUUGGAUGAGGCAGGGAGGAAGUAUUUUGGGUUCACUUGAGCAAACAACAGGUCAAGGCAAGUGCUCCUCAUAGAAUUUUGGUAACUUUGUCAGUGUGGCAAGAAAUCAACCUAAAAUAUUUGAUCUGUGUAACAGAACAACUUCACUUGAAACAAUUUUUUUUUAUACCAUGGCCAAAGUUUCGUAUGUAUUAAAGGUCUUUUGUAGUAAGAAAUGUUGUGUUCAGGAUUUUCUGCUGUUAUUCUCUGAAAUGAGUUUUGGUGCAGUAAGUACAAUGUUGGUUUAUUGUGCUGUGGCACAAGGGUUCUCUGAUGUGAAUAAUUUUGUCCUGUUAUGCUUCAAUGGUCUCUGCAAUUUUCCAUGUUGAUGGCCACGCGCUAAAUCAACUACAAUGAAAGAUCCAUCGCAGUUAUGGUGAGUGGAAUGCACACAAAAUUUACAUGGCAGACUCCAAUGGAAAUUCAUUGGGAAGGUUACAAGCAAGAGGUCUUAAGAAGUCUAAGAAGAUGUCUCGUUCAGUCGAGACCAGCUCUUUGUUUACGUUUUGCAUGCCAUCAGAUUGUACGCCCUUUGUCGCCUGGGUGUCACGCACGCAGCAGAAGUUUCUGGCGUCCGGCACGCAAUAUUUUAUUGUUCUAUUCCAUCGAUCAAGCAUGCAUCGAUCAUGUGCCUUAGUGAUUAAGCAUGCUAAUUUCUAAGCUGUCUAAGCUCUCCUGAGCUCAAAAUGUGAAAUUUCAUACGCUGUAUACAUUCAUUUCAAUCAUAAUUGGCGGAAUUUUAUAGCCGCAAAAACAAGAAUUCAAUUAAAGCACACUCAUUGGAAGUGACGAAAGAAGCAUGUGCAGACAGUUCUGAUUCGAGCGAUUUCGUGAGUUGACUUGUUAUCAGACGAAGCAACCAGUGCAGUCCUAUGGUUGCCUGUUUUGUUUAUUCCAUUGUUGACGCCAGCGUAGCAGAAGGCAUGGAAAAGACCCGUGAUAACACAUCACACAUGAUCACAAAAAAUAGUUUUUACUUGACCACAGAAUUCGAUGUCGUGAAUUCUUUAUCCCUUACCCCUGUAAUAUGCAGUGAAGAUGGCAACAUAUCUAACAGGAUAGACUAGAUUGGGUGGAAUAAACAGGAAGUCGUAUAUGUCUUCUCAGUGGGAAGGGGGUUCCCCUUUUGUGGAGAAUGGACGCCAUAGCGAAACUGAAAGGACCAGUCAGCAGAAAUUGCCGAUCAACUAAUUAACCUCUACUUUCUCUCAACUGUGGCGACAAACAACUGAAUCCGGAAACCUCAAGCUGAAAGAAUCAAGAGAGGUUUGGUGCAGCAUUUGGGCUAUUUGGGAGUCUAUACGACCAUGGGACAACUAGGGCCUAAAGGUGCCUACACGCGAAAGGGCUUGUUGUAGGGACGUAUUGAAGCGACAAAUCACACUCAAACACUCAUCCUCUUCGCUCCUUCGUAAGUGGAGCAUAAGGCCACUCAUCAAGCGACAAAUAGCAGCCGGAAAAUCACAGUAUGUCCACAAAAGAAAAUGUAACGGAGAGGUACACACAUUGCAGCGACAUGAUUCGGUAAACUUUAAUAAUGAAGUCUCUUGAGCACACGCAACAUGGCCCCUCGUGUGUUAGUACUUUUAAAUGUUAGAACAUGCCCUAGACGGUGAAGGGGACCGGGUUGAACGACGAAAGAACUAGUUAAAACAUAAACGUGUUAUUUAUUCACACUUGCGUACAACGUCUAAAAUAUAAGUGUACUAUUAUAGUACAAUACAAUUAAAACAGUUACAAAAAUAACAUAGGAAAGAGGAAAACGGCCCAGCAUACAAAAUGAAUGAAAGAAACACUAUGACAAAUAUAUGUACAAUUAUUAGAAUUUUUGUUUUGUCUGUGAGAGCAGGGCCUGCAGUGACAGGAAUUAUGUUAAAAUUCUUUGGGCCGACUAUUUAACGAGUCUGAAAUAGACUUGAUUUGUGACUGAGCAAGUCCUUUGCAGAUCGAGCCAUGACCUGAACUUGUCGAUGAAAAUUUGAUGAAAAUAAAUCGGUGAUGGAACGAAAGGGGAGUCGGAAAAGGAGAGAGCGAGAUGAGAUUGCAACACUACCAAUUUUGAGACGUGAUCACGGCGGUUUCUUGCGGUUUGUGUGGAGGGCGAUUUUGGGUCAAAAUUCGGACUUGGAUCGUACCUUAUCAAAAAUGGGUUGUACCAACUAGAUGAGGCUAUGUAAACACGGAAAAAUUACUUUAUUGCUUUUAUCAAAUAUUUCUCAAAAAUACGCGCAAAU